CCAGCACUCCCAAAUUCCCGUGGGAUUUGGGAUUCACCCCCUCUGUCUCUCCCUCUUUUCCCAGGUCUCAUCAACAGCCACCGGAACAUCCACGGGGAUUCUCCGCGCCCUCUUCCCAGAUGGAACAACCCCCGGAGCAGCUCCUACAACCAGAGAGGGGGGGGAGCCUUUCCCAGGAAUUUCCAACCCCCCAGGAAUUUCCACUCCUGGAGGAAGAAAUAUUCCCUGGAUAACCGGCUGCCCGGCUCAGCCUCCGAAGCCGGAAGCGCUUCCCGGAUUUUCGGGAAUUCCGGCGACAUCCCGGCCGUGGAACCUCCGGAAUCGUCACCAGAGAGACACGUGGAUUUCACCAGGGACGGGAAUAUCGUGGUGGACAUCCAGGUGCAGCAGAGAGCUGUAGAUGGAGGAGAUUCCAAGGAGUUUUCCGGGCGGGAAGCGGCGGCAACGACAACAACAACUCCGGAGAGCGGCGGGAAAAACAUUCCGGGAUCUCCCUAUGGAGAAGAGGGAAGAGCUUCCCUAUCCAUAUCCUUUAGUUCCACAUCCAGGACCGUUUGCCUGCCUGGGAUUGGGGCUGGAAGUGGCUUCUUCUCCCCCUCUGGAAUUGGCAGUGAAAGCGCCGUGACGCUGAAAUCGGAGCCGCGGGAAAAUUUGGGAUUCGCGGAGCGGGAGCCGGCCAGGAAUUCUGGGAAUUCUGGGAAUUCUGGGAAUUCCGGCCGGGUCGUCAAAGCGGAGCUGUCGCCCCCUGGGAAGAGCCAGGAGGAAAUUCGGGAUGUUCCCCUGCAUCCCAAACUCUUUGGGAAUGAUGGGGUGGCCUCCGUUGGGAUGGGAGGGAGCGGAAUUCCCGGUGGAAUUCCCGGCGGAAUUCCCGGCAGAAUUCCCAAAGCUCCCACCUCCGGAAAAUCCCCCAAAUUCCGCAGGGGCAGCUACACCUGGGUGGCAAAUCCCGGGAAAAGCUGGAGGUUGGGAAGGAGGUGGGGGGGGAGCCCCAGGAAAGGCCCGGGCGGGGCGGAAAGAGGAGCCAAAAGCACCCCCAGGACGGAUUUGGGAAGCAAAGGGAAAAAAUCGGGAAUGCCGUCCAAGCCUGGAGGGGCCUCUCCCAGCAAAUACAAAUGGAAAGCGGCCACCCUGCAGGCCCUGCCCUCCAAUUCCGGCUCGGCAUUCCGAUGGAGAUCCCAGGAGCAGCGGAAAACUCCGGCUCCCGGUGUUCCUCAUCCUGGUGUUCCACUUCCAGAUCCUGGAAUUCCUCAUCCCAGCAUUCCUCAUCCAACUCCCGGCGUUCCUCAGCCUGGUGUUCCUUCUCCAGCUCCUGGAAUUCCUCAUCCAGCUCCUGGAAUUCCUCAUCCCAGCAUUCCUCAUCCAACUCCCGGCGUUCCUCCUCCAGCUCCUGGAAUUCCUCAUCCCAAUGUUCCUCCUCCAGCUCCUGGAAAACCUCAUCCAGCUCCUGGAAUUCCUCAUCCCAAUGUUCCUCCCCCAGCUCCUGGAAUUCCUCCCCCAGCUCCUGGAAUUCCUCAUCCUGGAAUUCCUCCCCCAGCUCCCAGAAUUCCUCCUCCCGGGGCUGCUCCGGGCGCGGUGAAAUCCUCGGGAGAGGCUCCGAUCUCCACCUACAAAGUGAGGAGUCGGACCAAGAUCAUCAGGAGGAGAGGGAAUGUGGGAUUUCCCAUGGAUAAGAGGAACAUCUCACCCAGCACCUCCCUCAGGAGCCGCUUCCACCUCCGGAGGAAAAAUUCCACGCGUGGAAAAACUUGGACCAUUCCCAAACGUUCCUCUCCCAAAAUCCCAGGGCAGGUGUCCAGGCACAGCAUCUGCAGGAUCCCAAUUCCCACCAGCACUCAGGUGGCCACCAAGGAAGGUGCUUUUCCAGGAUUUCCAGGUGUGCUUUAGGAGGCUAUUCCAGGUUAACAGGGAAUUAACUCUGGAAUCUCUUCCCUGCAUCCCGUUUUCCGUGUCUGAUUUUUUGGGGGGGGGGUUUGAUUUGCUGGAAUCUGCCGUAAUUAAGAGGGAUAAUUAAGAGGGAUAAUCGGGAAUUUGCAUCCCUGUCCGGUUGUCUUGGCUUGGGAAUUCUCAGAGCAGAAUUCCAGAGCUGCUCUGCCAUUCCCAUGGGCUGUGGAAUGUUGUUGGGAAUGCUGUUUGGAAUGUUGGUGGCUCCCAGCUCGUGUUCCAUAGGGAGAAUUCCGUGGGCAGGAAGAUUUUUCCCGCCUGGAAUGUGAAUGUUUGGGAUGGAUUUGGAGCUCCCUUUUCCUUGGGAAUGGUUGGGGCAGGGAUUUGGGGGCGUGGUGGGGCUGGGAAUGUGGCUCCAGGUGGAUUUUUGGGAUUGUUUUGCAUCCAUCCAUCCAUCCAUCCAUCCAUCCAUCCAUCCAUCCAUCCAUCCAUCCAUCCAUCCAUUGGGAUGUCGUGUUUUUCCUGGAUGAGGGACUUUGGAAAAGUCCUGGAGCGAUGGGAUAACAGGGAAUGGUUUCCCACUGCCUUGGGAUAGUGGGAAGGAAUUCUUGGCUGGGCUGGAAUUCCCAGAGAAUCUCUGGGAGUGUCCAAGGAAAGCUUGGGAUGGUGGGAGAUGUCCCUGCCCUUGGAAGGAAGGGUUGGAAUUCCAGGAUUUUUCCACUCCCUUCCCACCCAAAUUCCAUGGAAAGGCGGGAAUUUUGUGGGAGAAGCUUUUUGUGGGAGGAGAAGGCCGAAGGGAUUUUCUCUCUGGAGGGAUUUGGGAAUGCUGGGAGGAGGAUUUGGGAAUGCUGGGAGGAGGAUUUGGGAAUGCUGGGAGGAGGAUUUGGGAUCUGGGAGAAGCAGGAGAAGAGGGAAUAAGUUGGAUGCUUUUCCAUGAUCUCCCAGAGCAGAGGGCUUGGAUACAACACAGCUUUGUUUUCCAUGGAUAAUGGAAAACAUGGAUAAUGGGAUUGGGAUCACAGCCCCUUCCACUUCCCCCAAAAAAUGGGAUUCAUUUGGGAUUCCUGCUUCCCAAAAGUGCUCUGGGGGACCUGGGGCACUUCCUGAAAUAAAUCCUGAUCCUGAAAGAAUUCCUGAAAUAAUUCCUGAUCCUGAAAUAAAUCCUGAUCCUGAAAUAAUUCCUUAAAUAAAUCCUGAUCCUGAAAUAAAUCCUGAAAUAAUUCCUGAU